AUGGCUCCAGAGUCCAGAGGCGGCAAGAUGGAAGCCCGACCAGCACCACCAAGCAAGAAAGCGAAGCUGGGCGUCGUGUCUGGCGUCUUCAUUCCUAGCGUCCUGAACAUCGUCUCCAUUCUCAUGUUCCUUCGCUUCGGCUCUAUACUGGGUCGCAUAGGUUUGUUUGGUAUGCUCGGUCUCCUAACUGUUGCGUAUAUUGUCGACCUCGCGACUACGCUCUCGUUGUCUGCUAUAGCCAGCAAUGGAGAGGUCAAGGGCGGCGGCGCCUACUAUCUCAUCUCAAGGUCUCUUGGCCCCGAAUUCGGAGGCUCUAUUGGCGUGCUGUUUUACCUUUCCCAGGUGCUCAAUACUUCUCUCAACAUCGUGGGUCUCGUAGACUGCCUCAAACUUGAUAUCGACUCCAUGUCUGUUUAUGAUUAUUGGGAAAGCUACGGGCUGCAGACUUCUGCCCUCGUCAUCUGCACCGCACUUAGUCUUGCGGGAUCUGGCAUUUUCGUCAGAGCCAGCAGCGGUCUCCUCGUCAUUCUCGUCAUAGCUACCCUGAGCAUCCCCAUCUCCGCCAUGAUGAGAAGUCCUUUCAGAGACCCUGAUAUUGGCGUUGAGUUCACCGGGCUCAGUCUUCAGACCCUGCGUUCUAAUCUGUACCCGCACACCUCGGGCCCUGCGUACAAAGGGGUGGACACUUUCAGGGAGCUGUUUGCCAUCCUGUUCAGCUGUACUUCCGGUAUCUUUGCUGGGGCGUCCAUGUCGGGGGACUUGCAAAAUCCUAGCAGCGCGAUCCCCAAAGGCACAUUGUGGGCAAUGCUCGCAACUUUGGUUCUCUAUCUUCUCGUCAUCUUGUCGAUGGCAUCUAGCACUACCCAUAUCUCUUUCCUCCGGCAUACGAACAUCAUCUCGACGACGAGUCUUUGGUCGCCGUUGAUCCUUGCUGGAGAGUGUGCAACGACAUUCUUCUCGGCCUUGAUGGGCAUCGUCGGCGCUGCUAAGCUGCUUCAGGCCUUGAGUCGCGAUAAGAUCGUGCCAGGUCUUUCUGUCUUUGGCCGCGGCACGAAACGUGGCGAUGUUCCGAUAGCUGCGGUGCUCGUUACUUUCGUGCUGGCUCAAAUGGCCCUGUUCGCUGACCUGAACCAGAUUGCAACCUUGAUAGCCAUGGGUUACCAGAUGACGUUUUUCGUUAUGAAUCUAGCUUGUUUUCUGCUCAAGAUUGGUUCGGCUCCCAACUUCCGACCGGCUUUCAAGUUCUUCAGCUGGCAGACCGCUUUCCUCGGCAGUGUCCUGUCGGCUGCUGCCAUGUUCUUUAUAGAUGAAACCGAGGCAGCAUCAGCUAUUUGCCUACUCGUCUUCCUUUUCCUCCUCAUCCACUACAUGAGUCCGCCGAAGCAUUGGGGAGACGUGUCCCAGAACUUGAUUUACCAUCAAGUCCGCAAGUACCUCCUACGCCUUAAGCCAGAGCACAUCAAAUUCUGGCGACCUCAAAUCAUACUUCUCAUCAACGACGCCCGGCGGCAUACUCGACUGAUUCAAUUUUGCAAUUCGAUGAAGAAGGGCUCUCUUUACAUACUAGGUCAUGUCAUCGUCACAGACGAUUUCAACUCGGGCAUUCACGAAGCCAAAUUACAGCAGUCUGCUUGGUAUCGCUACAUAUCCGAGUUCUCCAGGAUCAAAGCAUUCGUCCAACUAACCAUGUCGCCAAGUAUCGAAUGGGGAGUCCGGAACCUGAUUCUGUCAGCCGGUCUCGGUGGCAUGCGUCCUAACAUCGCGGUUCUGGGAUUCUACAACAUGGACGAUCUGAGAAGGUCACAACCUCUCGCUGGGAUCCCAGAGGUCCCUAUGUCCCCUCUACGAGCGGGUUUACCACCUAAGGGCGAAGGCAAACUUCCGAAGAGGCGGCGCGGAGAUACGUCUGCUCGACUCCUAGAGGGCUAUCUCCCAACCGACGCAAUACGGACGGAAGGCAUGAUGUCGGUCACUAACUACUUGACGAUACUAGAAGACCUCGCCUUACGACAUCGGCUCAAUGUCGCCAUUGGGAAAGGGUUUCAAACACUGGAGACCCCGCGAAAGGACGGAAGCGGUUCCAAGAAGUACAUCGACCUCUGGCCGAUCCAAAUGUCUGCCGAGAUCACAGCUGGUGGCAGGAGUGUCUUGACGACCAACUUUGAUACAUAUACGUUAAUCUUACAACUCGGGUACAUCCUCCUUAGUGUUCCCGCGUGGAGGAAAACAUACGCGCUGCGAGUCCUAGUUUUCGUUGAGUACAAAAGCGAAGUCACUGAGGAACAAGCCAGACUUCAGGCUUUACUCGAAAAGCUAAGGAUCGAGGCCAAAAUCAUAGUGUUCUGGCUAGCUUCUGGGGAGUUGCAGAGUUACGAGACAAUCAUAAACGGAAGUGGCCACGGCUCCGACUCCGAGCAUCUCAUCAAUGAGCUGCUGAAAGACGAUGAGUGGUGGCAAGAACUUCAGCGGCUGAGGGACCGAGCCCAUGAGAUGUCUCGGGCGCAGGAGCUCGCCACCUUGGACGAAGUUCUCGGGGGCUCUAGACGCAAAGGAAGCCCAGAUACAAAGCCUGGUGAUGGUCACAAGCUCGCACAUCGGUGGAGUGCGCGCGAUUUGAUGGAUCUGUCCAAAAAGCCCACCGUCUCUGCAUUUGCUAAAAGGGGUGUUAACUUUGGUAUUCGCACUCACCAACUCAAUUCCGCUGCAUAUGAUGGCCAAGCGGACAGGCAACAGUACCGUUUUAGUGAUGAUGAUGGCGCCUCUUCCUCCUCCUCGGAUGCCGACUUCAAUGAUACUGGCAGUGUCGUCAGUGAGGGUGACGCUGAGGAACCAAGUUCAUCCACCAGACCUAGCUUUCUCGCGACUUCAGGUCGGAGAAAGAGGUUGGGUGAUCUGAUGAGGCCGUCAGAGUCACCAAAGAGACCCGAACGGAAGCGAAGCCAACCCAGAGAAGCUACGAUGACAACUCCGGCAGGUUAUGGCACAAUUGCCCGUGCAAACCUAUCCGUUACUACCGACAGACGGCCAAGUGCAACCCGUACUUAUGAGCGAGCCGAGAGCUCUCCUGGAUUGUUAACCACUUUUACGGAAUUCGAUCAGGCUCGUGGAGCCAAUUCUCCCUCAGUCAGUAAAGCAUCGUCAAGGCCGGCCCUCUCGCGGCAUUCAUCGACAAGCCGUUUCUCGAGCAAGCCAACACCUGAGACCACGAUCAGUGUUGAAGAGGGGUCCGGGCCAUCAAUUAUGUUCACCCAGUCUGGGACCUCCACACCGAGGCUGGAACGCCCAACACUGUCUCGCAACACAUCCACGCGGCGCUUCUCCAGUCGUCCUGUGCCAGAGACCAGGGUCGAGAAUCAAGAAGGCUCUGGGCCGCGCCUAAUGUUUGCGGAACCGGAAGCCAGUGUCUCGACGCCUCUGCUCAGGUCUCGCAGGAACUCUGUGACGCCGAAGGAAGGCCCACCAGAACUGUCUCUCAACAUCCCCGAGCUGCUGGCAACCUACCGUCUCGGCUCACAGGCAGACGAGGACAACCACUCCACCUACUCGACACAGAGCUUGCCGUUGUCGUUCAACGACUUGCCCAGCCGAGCACAACACCUGAUACUGAACGAGCUGAUGCGUCAGAACAGCAACGACACAGCCGUUUUGCUCACGACGCUGCCGAUUCCUGAGGAGGGCACUUGCAAAAGCGAAGAGGAUAGUCUGAGAUACCUGUCUGACAUUGAAGUUCUCUGUCAUGGGCUGCCUCCUGUGCUACUGGUUUUAAGCAACAACAUGACAGUCACAGUGAGCCUGUGA